AUGAUUUUGGACAUACUUAUGCUAUCCAACUUCAAAUUCCGAAUGAUGGUUUUCUCCAGGCGGUUUCAGAUGUGGCGGACCCAAGGCUGCAAGUUGGGCAAACUAUUAUAUAUUGUUCACAACGCAGAGUUUAAUGUCGAGACAUCUGGCGUCUUUUGGUACGAGGUCAGCCUACCAGCGAUAUCCGACGCUCCUACCCUCGAAAUCGGUUGGGAGAUUCCUCCCAGUGUCGUUGCUCUAGAGCUUGAACAACAAGGAGCCUUCCAGCCGAGUGACUACCCCGCAGGCCCCUUGGUUUUUGAGAAUUUUGACCCAAUCAACAUCCGCAUGACCAACAACUUGAAUACUCCUCCGAUCUCGCGGAAAACAAGUGUCGAUUCCAACCCCAACGUGGAGGUCAAAGUUGAGGUAGAUGGGGCAGAGAAUGGUCGGGUGUCAAUUGUGUUUCCGACUGAUUAG